AAGCCAUGAGUGCUUCUGGGUAUUUUGAAGACUUUGACCUUAAAACCCGUCAGGAUUUAAACGCACACACACAUGUUGUCUUGGAAUAAGUAGUAAGUGGGUAGCCAUUCGUCAACGAAAAGAUUCAAAUGCCUUGUUGACCAUUUUGGCAUUAUACAAUCCAGUGGAAAUGUUGUGUUCACUGGCCUGUUGCACAAGUCGUGAAUUGGGUCAUAUCUUACCUUGCCUGUUGCACAUUUUCCGAUGAAGGCUAACACGGAGCUGACCAACAGCUCUGAGCUGGCACUCUAGAGACGUUAUCCCCUGUGUUGAGUAUCCAGCAAUGACACUUGCCUGACUGACUGCUUCCGUGUGUGUGUGUGUGUGUUUUUAAAGGCUAUGGAAAAGGAUUCGCAGGCUGGUAUUGCCCCACCAGUCGUGGGAGGUUCAUCCAUCGGAGGCCUGGCCAGUCACAGCAGGUCAGAGGAUGAGGAGUCCACAGGGGUGAAGGAUGUGAAGAGAUCAGCAGCACAGGCAUUCGGUGGCGGAGGUGGAGUGCCCAAACGCCGCAGCUCCUCCAGGUCAAUCAAGAGGAAGAAGUUUGACGAUGAACUGGUUGAAAGCAGUCUGGCCAAAUCCUCCACCCGAGUGAAAGGUCCGCCAGUCAUCGAGCCAAUCCGUUGUGCUGGAAGUGAGCCUUCGUCCAAUGAGAAAAAGAAGGUGUCAAAAUCGAGUUCCUCCAUCACUCCCCCUCUGACCAUGGUGAUCACCCCUCCCCCCAUCACUAAGAGGGUGAAGAAGACCAAGCAGACACUGCAGAUCACUAAGGACCUGGGUCGCUGGAAGCCCACCGAUGACCUGCUGCUCAUCAAUGCUGUCCUACAGACCACAGACCUCACGGCAGUACAUCUGGGAGUAAAGUUCAGCUGUCGCUUCACCCUGAGAGAGAUUCAGGAGCGUUGGUAUGCCCUGCUGUAUGACCCCGUCAUAUCCAAAUUGGCAUGGCAGGCCAUGAGGCAGCUGCAUCCAGAGGCCAUUGCAGCCAUUCAGGCCAAAGCACUCUUCAGCCAGGCAGAGGAGGCACUGCUGGCCAAGAUCAGCUCUAACAGUCAGCCCAAGCUGGAGGUGUUCUCGGAGCUGCUGAGUAAGCAGCCGAGUGUCUUCUACCCCUCACGGACACCCAAGAGCCUGAUGGUGCACUGGCAGCUUCUCAAGCAGUACUACCUGCUGGAGGACCAGAGCGUCCAACCUCUCCCCAAAGGAGACCAAGUCCUGAACUUUUCAGAUGCAGAGCAGCUGGUAGAUGAUGCUAAGCUAAAGGAAAGCAGAGAUGAGGUACUUGAGCAUGAGCUAAUGAUCUCUGACAGGCAUCAGAAGAGGGAGAUCAGACAGUUGGAACAGGAGUUGCCUCGCUGGCAAGUGCUAGUGGACAGCAUCACAGGAAUGACCUCCCCGGACUUUGAUAACCAGACCCUGGCAGCUCUGCGGGGACGCAUGGUACGCUACCUGAUGAGGUCAAGAGAGAUAACGCUGGGCCGAGCCACCAAGGACAAGCAGAUAGACGUGGAUCUUUCAUUGGAAGGACCUGCAUGGAAGAUCUCAAGAAAACAAGGGAUUAUUAAACUGAAAAACAAUGGGGACUUUUUCAUUGCCAAUGAGGGCCGGAGACCCAUCUAUAUAGACGGUAGACCUGUACUGUCUGGCAACAAGUGGAAACUCAACAACAACUCUGUAGUGGAGAUUGCAGGCCUUCGCUUCGUGUUCCUGAUCAACCAGGAGCUGAUCUCCCUCAUCAAAGCAGAAGCAGCCAAGAUGAACCAGCAGUGAGGCUUCCCUGGAGGAACUGCCCUAAUCCUGGGGCAGGAGGCAGCAGUGGCCUGGGCAGAUGAGCUCUGAGGCCUGGCUGAAUCCUAGCAACCGGCUCCUCUACCUGAGUUUGUAGAGAUAGACCACAGUCUGCUGGGACACAAUCAGACUGAUGUAGAUGCGUGAACAAUUCCACAUCACCAGUGGCGAUGGCUUUUCAUGACACUGAUAGAGUUGGGACAAUGAGUCAUACUCAAAAUGUACGGAGUGGGAUGCUCUCAUAUAUGAACAGCUGAACAGUUGACUGACUUAGAAUUCAGAACUCGGAACCUUAAGCCAGGCUUAAAGCUCAUUUGAAAGCUCAAAGUUAGGUUUUGAGUUUCAGUUUGAGUUCUCUGUUUUCUCCACCUGCUUAAAAUGAUUUUCCUGUUGAGCCCAAAACGAAUUGUUGUUUAACAAUCCUUGAAACUUUAUCUAUAGAUGAAGCUCUUGUGUGAACACGCCAUCAAACUCCAGGUAGAUAUGCCAUACACAAUAUAGUUACUACAGGCAUACAGUUUUUCAGAGUUGUCAUGAAUUGAUAACACAUCUCCCUCCAUUAGUCUUGUCCCUUUCACUGUCAGAGCGCAGUCAUUGAUAGCAUUUUUACAGGCACGCACUAGCCACAACUGCACGAGCACCAGGCUCAGGAAACAGUCCAUUCCACAGAAUUUGUUCAAAUCAGCACCAUCAGCUCAAGUCCUAUGAGGGAGCGUCUGUGUUUCUCAUGCCCUUAUUAGUGUGAUGGAUCCAUUCAAUAAAUGUUGUUAGUCUAAA